AUGUUUGAGAAAUAAAUAAAUGCCUAAGUAAUGAUACUAUUUAUGGAUUUGUGUAAACAUUGUAAAUAAACAAAACAAAAUCCAACAGAUGUAGUAAAUUACUUUGUUAAACCUGGUAGUAAAGGAUUGGAUUUAUUUGGAUAUUUGUAUAUGGUGAAAAAAAUUUUGCCUUUUGCUUAGGAUUAAAUAAUAGAGAAGUCAUUUUCAUUUAUUCUAAAGCGAUUUGAAUUACAAAUAUUGACAAGUGAGAAUUUUGAGUAAUUAAUGAAUAAAAUAGAAUCUUAAAUGACUUAAUAAGAAUUAAAUUCUCCUAUAUAGUUUAAAAUAAAUGUACAAAAUAACUUUAUGAAAGAGAUGAAUUCUUAACUUUCUAAUUAAUAUAAUGAAGGGAAUCCAGUUUAAGCGUAGCAUGAUAGGAAGCCUAUAUUUGAUUAAAAUUUUAAAUAGCCUUAGUAAAUAAAUAUAAUUCCUACAAGAGAAUAGAGAUUAGAUUCAUAAAAUAAGGUAGAUUAGAAAUAUUAUAAUCGAUCUUCAAUAGAAUUAAUAUAAAUAUUUAGUUCAAAAUUAUAAAAUGCAAAUAUUGAUAUUAUUGAUGUAUUCAAUAAAUAUGAUAAUGAUAAAGAUCAUAAGAUGAAUGAGAUUGAAUUUAAAAAUAUGAUUUAGAUUGUAAUAAAAGAUAUUAAUGAAUAAGAAUUAAAAGAACUAAUAUGUUGGGUAUUUAAAGAAUAGAAUAAGGAAUUGACAGCAUUUUAGUUUAAGAGACUUUGUGAAUCUUAAGUAUAAGUAAUAGGAUAGAAUAUUAUGGAAUCUAAUUAUUAUGAGAAUCCAGCAAAUUAAAAAUUAUUAUAAUCAAAUUUUUAAUUUUAAGAACUUUAUGUUUAAGAUUAGAAUGUUGUAGCAAUGAAAGAAUUUAUUUAGAAAUAUUAAUAACUAAAGAGUUAGAAUUAAUAUUAUACAGAUAGUGUAUUUCCUCCAAAUUAAUAAAGUUUAGGAAGGAAAUUAGAAAAGUUUAAAUGGAAAAGAAUACCUGAAUUUAUAAAGAAUCCAAAAUUCUUUGUGAAAGAAAACACUUUGAAUAGAUUUGGUUUAGGUAAAUGGAUAGCUCCAGAUGAUUUACAGUAAGGAUAAUUGGGAGAUUGUUAUUUUUUAGCAUCAAUAAGUUCAUUAGGAAAUAGAAGACCUGAUUUAUUAUUGGAGACAUUUGUUACUAGAACAUUCAAUCCUAAUGGAUUAUAUGGUGUUAAAUUAUGUAUAGAUGGAGAAUGGAAAGUAAUAGGAAUGGAUGAUUAUAUUCCUACAUGGUAUGAUUAAGCAGCAUUUACUAGAGGUAAAGAUGAAGAGAUAUGGGUUAUGGUAAUUGAAAAAGCUUGGGCUAAAGUAUUUGGUUCUUAUGAGAAUAUUGAAGCUGGUUAUCCUACAGAAGUAUUAAGAACUUUAACAGGAGCAGCUACUAAGACUCUUUUUACUAAAGAAGACAAAUUCAUGGAAGAAUUACAGACUUGUAUUUAAAAUAGAUGUAUAAUGGUUUGUUCUACUAAAAAUGAAAAUAAAUAAUAAUAUAAAUAAAUGGGAUUAAUAUCAGGACAUGCAUAUACAGUAUUAAAAAUAAAAGAUUUAAAUGCAAAUACUAAAUUGAUUAAACUCAGAAAUCCUUGGGGAAAAGAAGAAUGGAAAGGAGAUUGGUCAAAUCAAAGUUCAUUAUGGACUCCUUAGUAAAAAACAUUAUUCAAAAUAAAUAAUAAUAAUGAUGGAGUUUUUUAUAUGAGUAUUACAGAUUUUUUGAAGUAUUUUGAUGAUGUAUCUGUUUGCUUUGUAAAGGAAGGGUAUUAGUAUUAAUCCUAGGUAAUCUAAUCAAAUAAGAGAAAGAGUGAGUAUUAUUUAAUAUAAAUUGAUAAAUAAGGAUGUUAUUAUUUUACAAUAAAUUAAAAGAAUGUUAGGUAUUAAAUAAAAUAAAAGUAUUAGAUUUGAGAAUAGCAAUGAUUACUCUACUGUGAAGAUUUUAUUAUUUAAGGGAAAUUAAUUGAUUAGUGGAAAUUGUAAAUGUGAGAGAGAAUGUUGGAUAAGUGCAAAUUUGGAAUAUGGAAAAUAUACUCUAGUUGUAAAGACUCAAUGGAGGUAUUCUUAGAUGAAUAAGUAUGUUUUAUCAUCAUAUGGACCUAAUAAAGUUCAAAUUGAUAAGAUAAACAAAAUUAAUAAUUUAUUAAGGGAAGCAUUUCUUGAUUAGGCUAGAAAAAGUAGUAAAAAGAAAUCAUAUUAGAAGCAUCCAGAUAUAAAGUAAGCAUAUGAAUUUAAUUUGAAAUUUGGGUAUGAUAUUUUUGAGAUAAUAUAGUUAUGGAUUUUAUUAUGUUGAAAAUAAAAGUGGUAAGAGUUUUGAGAGUAAAGUGAGAUUUACCAAAUUAGAGGGUUUGAAACUUCGAAAACCUUAUAGAGGGGAUAGUUUAGAAAUAAGUUUAGGUGGGUAGGAUGAAUUCUUAGUUUUAUUGAGUAUUUGUGAUAGAGGAUAUAGUUUUGGAAUAGAAGAAUAAUAUAUAGUGAAAUGAAGAAUCUGAUGAAAUCCAU